AUGCCUGUCGCUGCGACUCCCGACACGCCCAGCAGCUCCAGUCUAUCUGCCCGCCUCGCCGAACCCCUCUCUUCGACUGACGAACUCCUCGACCUGCUCCUCCCGCCCCUCCAGUCUCUCUCCCUGCUCUCCGACCGUCCGUCCCUCGCCCAACGCCCUGCUCGAUUGCCAUUCACUUUCCAAGCGGAACGCUUCGCACGACGCCCACUAGGUCUCGUUCAGAAGGUCCUCGUCGAAAAGGUCUGGCCGGAAUGGGAGGGCGCGCUCGUAGCGGAGGAAGGCGCAGCAGGCCUCGUGGUCUUCGAGCGAUUCUUCGUUCCUCCACCUACCGCCUUUGCAUCUACUUCUUCCGAUGCGAGCAGCAACGGCGCAGCCGUCGCCAUCUCCGCCUACAGCGUCCUUUCCUCGGUCCUGUCCAGCAAGACGGUCUCUGCGCUUCCGCCUCGGUCCGUCGAGAUAGCUCUCGACCUCCUCGCCAAGCUGUCGUCGACCUUCAACAUUGAAGAGCUAUACCUCACGACUGUCGGUUCGUCCGGGUCGGGGAAGAACGUCGAUACGGCGGAACCGGAGGAGGAGGGCAGCUUUGCGGAUCCUGCUGCGAUAUCGCGGUGGGAGACCACGCAACGCGUCCUGUUGGGCGUCCCGACUCGUGCAGCGAAUGCUUGGGGCGUCAUGCAGGGCAAGGGAAAGAAGGUUGCGAGGGAGUUUCCGCAGGAACUGCAUCCAGACUCCUUCAUGACCGCCUCUGCCCGGUCGCUUGCCAACCUGGUUUGGCGACUCGCAAACGACCCGACAAUCCCCGUCUCCCGCUCCGCCCUCUCCUCCAGCCUCCCCUCACUCACGUCAGGCAGCACUCUCGACGUUCUACUUUCGCUCGUCAUCCCGCGACUUCUGCCGCCCGAAACCUUCCCAGCACCCGCAGAUAUUCUCCUGCGCCGACAACGGCACAUCGACAUCUGGCGCGCCGUCACCGACGAGCUCUCUGAGCGGGACUUGCAGCGUUUCAUGCGCGCCAUCGUCGUGUUGAUGACUCAGAAGCUCAGGUCGAAAGCGGGUGGAACUGUACUGCAACAAGCGCGGGCGGCAGCGUUCGUCCUCGAUUCGUUCUUCGGCGCGCUCGAUCCGGCCAACAAGGCGACGUGGAAGCCUGCUCUUGCAGUGUUCUUUGACGUGCGCGGGUCGUUCGACAACGAUUUGACGCCCCUGCUUGCGGUGUCCUGGGCAGCGGAGACGGCGGCUCGUAUCGAGCUCCUCAAAGAGGUGCUGAAGGUCUGGGGAAACGCAGAGGAGAUCCGCGCUGGACUCGACAGUCGACGACUUUACCUCACAACUCUGGUCCUCACUUUCCUCGUUUCGCUUCCUCCGCUUCAACCCGACCUCGUCACCCUCUCUCGCUCACCGAAUUUCCUCUCGGCCGUCUCGACCCACCUGUCCCUCGUUGCUCCGCUGCAACGACUGCUCGGCAUGCUUGUCGCCGAGAUCGUCUCGCAACGAACGGUCGACCCGAAAGGCGAGCUCAAGCCGCUCGACUUUGGUGCCGAGAUCUGGGCCGGCGACUCCUCCGAGAAGAGGACGACUCGUCAGCUGCGCGGAGUGCUCGCCCAAGUCGAGACGGCUGCGGCUGGCCAGGUCGAGGGCUGGCAGCACGUCUUGCGGAGGCUGUCGUCAACCGAGACUCAUCCGCCUCAAGCUCCUGCGCCACUAGUCAACAGAGCUCCGUUGAAGCCGACGAGCGUUGAGGAGCCGCCCGUCCAGCCUGCCAACCCGAAGCGGCCUAUGAUAUCGAUUAUCGGCGACGGCGACUCGGACGACGACUUCGAGCCUCUCCCGCUUCCACCAGGUCCGUCAGAAGCGACGCUUGAAGCCCUCGCCUCGGACGACCCCGCGCUCUACCAUUCAGCCUUUCCUUCGCAACAAGCUGCGACGGCUGGUCCGGCGGGCGGCGCGAGCCAUACUCGCAAGCGAGGGAAGCUCCGCCCUCCCGUCUACAUUCCCGAGCUCGUCGCCUAUCUCAAGGGCGAGGAUCCGCAAGGCGCGAAGGAGGAGGCAGAUGGCGAGGCUGAACGGGUCGAGAUGGGCUUGAAGGAAGGCGAAGCGCUGGUAAGGCGGAAGGCAGGAUGGGGAGGCGAGCUUCGCGAGAACGCUGUCGACCUUGCCUUCGCGCUGAUGGGCCUGCACAACAAGUUCGAGCUAGACGACUUCGAGCAGCAGAAGCAGGCCAUCCUCGUUGCUCUGCUGGUGGCUUGCCCAACAGAGGUUGCCCCUGCCGUCAUCGAACAGUGCUUCACCAACUCGUACUCGCUCACGCAGCGGCACGUCCUGCUUGCGGCCCUCGCACUCGCAGCGCGCGAGCUGGCAGGUUUGCCGACACCAACUUCGGCGCCCAAGUCGCGGAUCGCAGACCGAGACGAGCAGUUCCCGUCGAAGCGACUGCCGCCGCAGCUGCAUCGUCGCCUCGCCAGCGCGUCAACCGAGUCGGACGGUCCCGUUGAGGCUUUGUCGGCCAAUUUGACCAGGAUGGCGUUGUCGGGUGCGCGGGAAGAUGCGGAGACCUCGUUGCCAGAGGCCGCACGGGAGAAGCUUCUCAAGGUACGAGGGACGACGCGGCGGUCAGCGCGGCUCGAUCUCGCCCAAGACACGUCGUCUACGCCCACAUUCGCUUCCAUUGCCGCCGAAUCCUUCAUCCUGCCCCUCAUCAACCGUUUCUGGCUCUACCUCCGCGACACGGCCACCUCGUCCCUCGCCGGUCGCCAAACCCAGUCAGUCGGACCUUACGCUGGAGGAACCCCGGCUCUCAUGCUUCUUGAGCCAAUGCUUCUCGCCAAGUUCCUCGCGACUUUGGCGGUCCUCGUGCAUGCCGCUCGACAUUGGCCUGCCUUCCUUGCCGUCAUCGUGCCCGAGACGCUCGCCUUCGUCCUGGCAAUCAAGCCGGCUCAGCCCUUCGCCGUCGCGUCUGCCCGCGCCGUCGAAGAGGACGCCGGUCUCGACACGGACUUGGUUGUCUCGUCCGCGCUCGAGCUGGUCCUCGUCGCCCUCGACGCGACGGUGCAGCUGGACGGCGGCAAGACGCUCAUGUCGUCGUCAGCAGCGAAUGGCGAAGGUGGAGCGAUUGUCGCAGACGUCAAGGACUGGGCUGAGGAAGUCUUUGAACGCGAAGAGCGGCGAGGGGGGCAGGUCGGCGUAGGCAGGCCUGGGCGGGCGGCGGCUGGAGUGCUUCUGCGGGUCGACGAGAUUGUCGGGCGGUGGCGCGUCGCUGUAGGGUGGUGA